AUGAAAGAUGAUCAAUGGUUCAAGGUUCCUGUCAUCCCUGGUGCACUUUUUGUUAAUCUUGGUGAUUUUUUGGAGAGAUCAGUUAACAACGGAUUUCUUAUUUCUAAUUCUCAAAAUACUACAUUUUUGGAGUACUUUCCAAAAAAAAACAUUGUUGUAGAGAUUAGUGAAAGCACAAUAUCCCACAUCGGUCAAGAAAAAAGAGCAAGCAUUAUAUUUAAAGCAUCAGUCUUAAAUGAUGGCUUUAAAAUGCAGUUGAUGAGUAAUGAGAUAUUCAAGAGUGUAAUACACAGGGUGAUUCCAAAUUCAAAGAAGGAAAGGUUUACAGUGGCAGCAUUUUAUUUUCCAAACCCAGAUGGUGAAGUGGGACCUGUAAAUCAACUGAUAUGCAACAAUGAACCACAGUUGUAUAAAAGAGUGUCCACUCAAACAUACAGAAACCUCUUCUUUGAGACAUACCCUACAGGCAAAAGGGUCAUUGAUGUUCUCAAAUCUAGUUUAAUUUGUAUUCUUAAUUUCUUCAUACUUUUGUCUGCAUCAUCAACUUUCUUUACUCAAACUAUCCCUUCUUCUAAAUGUUGUACUUUGAUGUGGAGUGUUUUUUUUUUCUUCUAA